GAAGUCAAGCAGUUGAAGUAAAGUUUUGUGUCGGAUGAAUGGGACCGGGUGUAUAAAUGGAAUUUUUUGAAAAUAUGGCGUUUCUUUAAACGUUCAUGUCACAGGUAGACUCGUCCAGUUAUACCAACCUGUCAGUACCGCAAAGAUGUAUGUGACUUCCAUGCUAAUUGAUGGCUUCAAGUCAUACGGCCAACGGACGGAGAUUACAGGGUUCGACCCCCUGUUUAAUGCCAUCACAGGCCUGAAUGGUAGUGGAAAGUCCAACAUUCUUGACGGCAUAUGUUUCGUCCUUGGAAUUACCAAUCUUAGUCAUGUGCGAGCCACAAACCUGCAGGAGCUGGUCUACAAGAACGGCCAGGCGGGCAUCACAAAGGCCACCGUGUCCAUCAAAUUCGACAACACGGACAAGGCCGAGAGUCCGCUCGGCUACGAGCAGUAUGAUGAAAUCACAAUCACCAGACAGGUGGUUGUCGGUGGAAGAAACAAGUAUGCUAUAAACGGCGUGAACGUGCAGAACAACCGGGUGCAGGACCUGUUCCGCUCGGUGAAGCUGAACGUCAACAACCCGCACUUCCUCAUCAUGCAGGGCCGCAUCACCAAGGUGCUCAACAUGAAGCCGCCUGAGAUUCUGUCAAUGAUUGAGGAGGCGGCCGGCACCCGUCUGUACGAGUGUAAGAAACAGGUGGCGCAGAAGACCAUCGAAAAGAAGGACGCCAAACUGAAGGAAAUUAACGAUAUUCUGGAGGAGGAGAUCAAUCCAACAAUGAACAAGCUGAAGGAGGAGCGGUCCACCUACCUCGAGUACCAGAAGGUGGAGCGCGAGUACGAACACCUCAGCAAGUUCUGCAUCGCCUUCAAGUUCGUCAGUGCUCAGGAGUCGUGUAAGAAGGCGGUCACAGACGAGCAGGAGGUGCAGGAGGGUAUCAGCACGGUGCGCGCGCAGAUCGAGAAGGGUCACACCGACAUCGGCACGCUGGAAGAGCAGAUCGUCGAGCUGCAACAUCAGAGAGAUACGGAGACGGGCGGUCAGCUGACGGCGCUGGAGGGAAAGCUCGAGGAGGACGUCAAGGUCGAGGCCAAAGCCCUGGCCGCCGUCAAAGGUAUCAAGGACUCUGUCAAGGCCGAGGAGAAGAAGAAGAAACAACUUCAGAAGAGCUUGGCAGACGACCGCACGGCGCUACAGCAGAAGGAGGCUGAGAUGGGCCAGCUGAAGACGGUGUUUGACUCGCUGCGAGAAGCUGACGAGCAGCAGGCGGCAGCGCUGGCCGCCGCACAGAAACGCUUCCAGGCCAUCAGCUCGGGAAUGUUCAGCGGUGAUGAUGGCGAGGAUGCCACGCUGGCGCAGCAGCUAAUGAAUGCCAAAACGGCCAUCGCCGACUCCGAAUCGGCCCGAAAACAGGCUGACAUGAAACUCAAACACACACGUCAGGAGCUCAACAAGAGGCGCACGGCCAUGAAGAAGACUGAGGCCGAGUAUAAGCGAGACUCGAAGCAGCUGGAGACGAUGGAAGCGGAGGUGGCCAGAAUAGAGAAAGCGAUUGGUCAGCUGCAAUAUGACGAGAAGCAGAUCGCGGAACUGGAAGAGGAACGCCGCGCGCUGCGUCAGGAGAUUAACCGAGUCCGGGAGAAAUUGGACGUGCUGGAGUCGAGGUACCCCCAGCUGGCCCUCGACUACCGGGACCCGGAGAGGGACUUUGACCGGCGCACAGUGCGCGGUGUCGUCGGAAAACUGUUCAACCUGAAGGACGUGAACACGGCCACCGCUCUAGAGGUUACAGCCGGCGGCAGGCUAUAUAACGUGGUGGUAGACACUGAGGUGGUCGGUAAGAAGCUGCUGGAGCGUGGUCAGCUCCAGAAGCGCGUCACCUUCAUUCCGCUCAACAAGAUCUCCAGUUCGUGUAUCGACCAGAGGACCAUCCAGCACGCCGAGCGAAUGGUGGGCAAGGAGAACGUGCAGACGGCGCUGUCGUGUAUCAAACACGACCCGCAGCUCACCAAGGCCAUGGAGUGGGUGUUUGGCAACACACUCAUCUGCCGUGACCUAGACACCGCCAAAAAGGUGGCGUUCGACCCGCACGUGCAGCGGCGCGCCGUCACCCUGGACGGUGACGUGGUCGACCCGGCCGGAACGCUGACGGGCGGCUCGCGCGCCGCGCGUGGCUCCGUGCUGGCCGAGCUGCACGCUCUGGCCGGCGCCCAGAAACGUCUCGGCAUGCUGGAGGCUCACCUGGCCAAACUGGAGGAGAAACUGGCGCAUCUGACGCAGAACGCGGAUAGGUACGCGCAGCUGAAGCAGCAGCAGGAGCUGAAACAGCACGAGCUGGGCCUGGUGCGGGACCGUCUGGCGCAGACCACACACGCCCAGCUGCAGGCGGAGGUGGAGCAGAUGGAGGCGCAGAUCGUGGAGCUGGAGGAGACUCAGCAGAAGUGCGUCUCGGUGGAGACUGAGCAGCGCGGUCGGGUCACUCAUCUGGAGGAACAGAUGCGUGACCAGAAGGCCGUGCGCGAGCGGGAACUGAAGGCCGCCGAGGGCGAGGUCAAGGCCUGUAAGGCCAAGGCCGAGGCCACGCGGAAGGCCUGGCAAGAGCGGCAGCAGGAAGAGGAGCAGAUGCGGCUGGAGAUCGCCGAUCUGGGCACCUCUGUUCAGACCACUGAGGAGCAGAUCGCUGCUGCCGAGACAGCGCUCGCCCAGUACGCUGAGCGGCUGACAGAGGCUGAGACUGAGCUCACGGAAGCUAAGGCGGCGCUGGUCGAAGCUCAGAAGGCGGUGAAGGCACAGAAGGACGUGAUGAACGCCCAGAACAAGGAGAUCCAGGCGAUGGCGGCCAAAAAGGACGAGCUGAUUGGUCUGAACCGUGACCGAGAGCUGGAAAUUAAACAGCUGGACCACAAGCUCAGCAAGGCCAGGAACGAUGCCAAGGACGCCCAGGAGAGGGUGAAACGGAUGCUCUCGGAACACGAGUGGAUCGCUGCCGACCAGCAGUUCUUCGGCCAGCCCAACACCUCCUACGACUUCAAAGCCACGGACCCAGUGGAGGCCAGCAAGCGUAUCGGCAAGCUGGAGGAGGCGCGCUCCAAGCUCGGCAAGAGCAUCAACAAGCGGGCCAUGAAGAUGUUGGGCAAGGCUGAGGAACAGUUCAACGACCUGAUGCGCAAGAAACGUAUCGUGGAGAACGACAAGACCAAGAUCGAGACCGUGAUCCGGGAGUUGGACGAGAAGAAGAACGAGGCGCUGAAACAGGCGUGGGAGCAGGUGAACCGCGACUUCGGCUCCAUCUUCGGCACCCUUCUGCCGGGCACCAGCGCCAAGCUGCAGCCGCCCGACGGCGCGUCCGUGCUGGAUGGACUCGAGGUUCGAGUGGCGUUCGGCGGCGUCUGGAAAGAGUCUCUCGCCGAGCUGAGCGGAGGACAGCGUUCUCUAGUGGCGCUCUCGCUGAUCCUGUCACUGCUACUCUUCAAGCCGGCCCCCAUCUACAUCCUGGAUGAGGUGGAUGCAGCACUGGACCUGUCGCACACGCAGAAUAUUGGUACCAUGCUGCGCACUCACUUCCAGCACUCACAGUUCAUCGUGGUGUCGCUCAAGGACGGCAUGUUCAACAACGCCAACGUGCUGUUCAAGACCAAGUUUGUGGACGGCAUGUCGACGGUGUCGCGCUACACCCAGCACGUGCCACUUGGCAGCCGGAAGUGAACGCUUCCGGUCUGUAGCUGAGACACCGGAAGUGAUUGGUUCCGAAACGCGUCUGAAGAACGGGAAACGAGUGUUUCCGAUGGAAUUCGAGGGACCAAUCUGAUUCCGACUGAGACUGUAUCCGUGAUCGGCCUCGCCGCUCGGUGUGAAUGAAAUAGCCGGACGUCAUUUUUGUGUGAUUUCGUCUAUUGUGUAUGUAACGACCAGUGAGAUUCUGUAUGACGUGUGAGUAGUUGGUGAGUGCGAUCAUCUCAUUUUCAUCAGUAAGGCAUUCUACCGCGAGAGGAGACGGUAGCGUAGCAUCGUCGAUCGCUACAUGUACCGACUAAGGACUUCCAGCCAACAGACGACCAGGGCCUCGUUUCAUAAAGCGAGUCCGUAACUUACGCCGGUUUUUGGGCUUGUAUUGCAAGCGCACGUGAAGCGAUAAAUUUAUUUUCCCUUCUCCCUUCUGUUCUUGCUUGCAAGAUAAAUAAAUUCAUCGAUUCAAACUAUCGUCAUCGCUUCACAUGCACUUGCAAUACAAGACCAAAAACCCGCGUAAGUUACGGACUCGCUUUAUGAAACGAGGCCCUGUCCCGUCUAUAUGUCUGUUCGUCCCGUCAUGUUCAGUCUCAUCCUACAGUGCCUUCGCUAGAUCUAUCUGUCGCUUCAUGUAGUGUUAGCAUCGCACCUCUGUAUCGCCUAGCGUAGCACCAACUCAGUGCGGUAAUGUCAACAGACCGCUCUGAGCCGCUAGCCUUGACCUUUGGAUGGCUCAUUGUGUCUUCUUCCUGUAAGAGCGUCGUCUCCUGAUGGACAUCCUGAAGCCAAGGCAGCGGUAUGAGUCAUCGAUUAAGCGUUGAGCGAUCUUAACGGCCAACGAUGGGAGAGUGACAGGGAUGCGAGAGUGCUGUUUCUGCUGGGGGGGGGGGGGAGAUUAAGGGGGUCGUGCGCCGCUGUCUCUUCACUGCCUGCCUCGGGAAUAAACCGACAUCCACGCGGGCCGUAACAGGUUUGCUUGUGUGUAUUGGCGAGUAU